CUCUGUCUCAAAACAAACAAACAAACAAAAAAAACCCACCAUGGCUUAGGGCCCAGCCUGACCUGAUUUUUCACUUAAUCACCUCUCUAAAGGCCCUGUCUCCAAAUAGAGUCACCUUCCAAGGUACAGGGGCGGGGGGUUAUUGCUUCAACAUAUGAAUUUGCGGGGACCACAGUUCAGCCCAGGACCCCACUCCCGUCACCCAGCACUGGGGGAGCUGGGGAAGGGUGAAGAGGAGGCUGGGGGUGAGAAGGACCACGGCUCACUCUGAGGCUGCAGGUGUGCUGGGCCUUCUGGGCACUGGGCCUCGGGGAGCUAAGGGGCUUUCCGGAACCCUGGGCCUGUGUGUCAGCUUGCCUCCCCAACGCAGGCGCUCUCCACACCCCUGAAUUUCUUAUCUCUUGGGCUUGAGCCUGGGGCAUGUGGAGGGAGGGUGGCCACCAGUGCACGUGGGCACCUUGCCUCAAACCCUGCCACCUCCCCCCACCCAGGAUCGGAUGCAGGAGCCCCCCUUCCCCCGAACAAGCUUGUGAGUGCAGUGUCACAUCCCGUUGGGAUGGAAAUGGACGGUCGGGUUAAAGGGGACGCAUGUGUAGACCCUGCCUCUGUGCAUCAAGCCUCUUUUGAGAGCCCCUGCGUGCCAGGCCAUGCACAGAGGUGGAGAAGACUCAGCUGUGCCCUGGAGCACCUCCUCUCAUCGAGGAAAGGACAGACGGUGGCUCCCCUGUGGCUGUGGGGACAAGGGCAGAGCUCCCUGGAACACAGGAGGGAGGGAAGGAAGAGAGCAUCUCAGGAUCUCCCUCCUGAGAUGGCAAACGAUCCGGGUUAAAUUAAGGUCCGGCCUCUCCCUGCUCAGGCAUGUGGAGCUUGUAGUGGAAGAGGCUCUCUGGACCCUCACCCACCACAAUGGCCUGGUUAGAGACCUUGGGGAAAUAACUCACAGGCGACCCGGGGCCUCUGUCCUGUACCACAGCUGAGGGAAACUGUCCCGCGCAUCCACUGGGGACAAUGCGCUCCCUCAUCUCCAGACUUUCCAGUCCUCAUUCAGUUCUCGAAAGUCGCCUCCAGAAGCCCCAUCUUGGGACCACUGUGACCUUCAUUCUUCAGGGUGCCUGGCCUUGCUGCUGCCCAAGACCCCAGAGGGGCCCUCACUGGCCUUUCCUGCCUUUUCUCCCAUUGCCCACCCAUGCACCCCCAUCCUGCUUCAGCACCCAGACUGCCAUCCAGGCACACCCAGGAUCUCCUCAAGUCACAUAACAGGCAGCACCCGCAAGGUGCUCCCUUCCCCCCAGCCUGAAUCUGCUGCUCCCCGUCUGGGGUUCCUUGCCCAUGCACCCCUGGGGGCCCCUGGGUUCUGCCACGCCCUGCCCUGUGUCCCACGGUGGGGAACAUCCUUCUCUCCUUAUCUCUUCCCUUCCCUUAAACCCAAGUUCAGUUGCCAUCUCCUCCAGGAAGUCUUCCUGGAUUCCCCUCUCUCUUCUUAAAGCCCCUGUAAACCCUGACCACACUGAACAUGUGUCUGCCGCUCCCUAGUCUGGGCCAUGACUGAGGGUGGAGGCCGAGUCUCACGCAUUUUUGCAGCCCCCACGAGACUGUGCAGGUGGCUGGCCCUCAUUGAAUAUGGGGUUAAUUUAACUCAGCCUCUGUGUGAGUGGAUGAUUCAGGUUGCCAGAGACAGAACCCUCAGCUUAGCAUGGGAGGUAGCUUCCCUGUUGACCCUGAGUUCAUCUGAGGUUGGCUUGGAAGGUGUGGGCACCAUUUGGCCCAGUUCUUACAGCUCUGAAGAGAGCUGCAGGAAUGGGGCUGAGCAGGGAAGACAACUUUCCAUCGAAGACCCUUUUCAGGGCCAGAACUGUCCCUCCCACCCUGCGGCUGCCCUGCCUCUGCCCAUGAGGGGUGAGAGUCAGGCGACCUCAUGCCAAGUGCAGAAAGGGGCAGACGGGGCUCCAGGUUACGACGUCACUACGCUGGGUGGAGACAGCACGUCCAAAUCUACUAAAGGGUGACUUUACUUUUCUUAAGAUAUUUUGGGGGACGAAGUAUGGAAAAGUGAUAGAGGACACAGUCACAGCCUCCCUUAAAUGCCAGGAAAGCCUAGAAAAAUUGUCUGAAACCAAACCUCAGCCAUAACAAAGACCAACACAUAAAUAUCCAGGAAAAAAAGAAAAAGAAAAAUGUCAUACGGGGUCCACGCACAAGAGCCUUUAAAAUGACCCACUGAAGGGUGUCAGGCCUCCUCCUCCUGGACUGGCCUGAAGGCUCCACGAGGUUUUGCUGAGACCUUUGGGUCCCUGUGACCUCAUGUAGUGCCCAGCAUGCAGUAAGUGCUCAAUAAAUGUUUGGCUACAAAAGAGGCAAAGCUGGUGGAGUCUGAAGAAUCGCUCAAUCCUGCCGGAACAGAUGCUCACACCGAAGGGAAAAGAGCAGGAGCCAAGUCACGUUUGGGAACCUGCAAGAGGCUGAAAACUGCCGCAGAUUGCUGCAAAUCAUCGGGGGAAAAGCGGAAAACGUCUGUUUUCCCCUUUGUGCUUUUCUCUGUUUUCAGGAUUUGCUACAGUGAACAUAUAUUGCUUUGGGGCCCCAAAUGGAAUUAUUUUGAAAGGAAAACGCAGAUAAUCAGGUGGCCGCACUGGAGCACCAGCUGGGUAGGGGUGGAGAUUGCAGGGAAGGAGGAAGAGCUGGGUGGGGUGCCAGGCAGGAAGAGCCCGUAGGCCCCGCCGAUCUUGCGGGAGUCGUGGGCGGCAGUGUUCCAUCCUGACUGUAAAAGGGAGCACCUGGUGGGAAGAGGGAAUUCUUUUAAACAUCAUUCCAGUGCCCAAGCCUCCUGGACCUGUUGUCAUCUUGGGGUGGGCCUCCCCUGGGUGACUCUAGUGUGCAGCCUGGCUGAGACUCAGUGGCCCUGGGUUCUUACUGCUGACACCUACCCUCAACCUCAACCACUGCAGCCUCCUGUGCACCCUGAUCCAGUGACUCAUUUUCCACUUUCAGUCCCAGCUCUAUCCCUAUUUGCAGUUUCCAAGCGCCUGGCUCCUCAGUCAGCUCAGACCCAGCCAGGCCAGCCCCUGGGUCCCACAUCCCCUUUGCCAAGCUCAUCCCCGCCCUGUUUGGCCUGCGGGAGUGGGAGUGUGUCCAGACACAGAGACAAAGGACCAGCUUUUAAAACAUUUUGUUGGGGCCACGUGUGGUGGCUCACACCUAAU